UAGGCUCACCCCGCCCAAUAUGGAUAUGCUCUUUCCUUUGGUUUCCAUUGAGAAAACCUUAUCUGCUCUUUAGGGGACGCCGUCAGUCGAGUUGUCUGCUCUUUAGGGGCACUUUGUUUUUCACCGAGGGAGUAUUGACAGGUCAAGGUGCACAAGUUUAGCUCAGUGGGAUGUCCUUAUAAAUAGAAGCAUGGUGCAAGGCAUCUGCACAACCACACACCACCUCAACAAGAGCCUGUCUUGGUAGGACAAGAACAUUUGAAUGUAUUUCAGGUUUUCAUCUUGUUUUUGAGAGUUUGUUCUGUAUCUCAUCAAAAAAUGGAUAACGUAUGUCAAUGUACAGAUUACAAUGAUAGGCAGUCAAAUGCUAUCCUUUACAACAUCCUCAAUCGAGAAAAUGACAAGUCAAGCCACAACAACCCGAACUACAACUUUAUGCCUCGUAGAUGCAACUGUGAGAUGCGACGGACAGUGUGCUUGAAAAGUCCAGCAGAGAUUUGCCAAGAGGCAUCGGGAGUGUUGGUGAAAACAAUUCACUUUAUGAGGAACUUACCUGCUUUCAACCAACUCCCACUGAACGAUCAACUGUCGCUCCUCCAAAGUUGCUGGGGGCCACUCUUUAUUUUGGGUCUGGCCCAGGAAGGCAUGAACUUUGACGUCGUCGACACCCCUGCCGAUAGCAUGCUGAAAAGAAUCCUAUUGAAUUCUCAAGAGAGCUCAGAGACGGAAAGAGAGCAGCCCACCUUGGCCGGUGUGAACAAACUCAAGGCAUGCCUCAAAAAGUUCUGGAGUCUGGAUUUAAGUCCAAAGGAGUACGCAUACCUCAAGGGCACCAUGAUAUUUAACCCAGAUGUGAAAGACCUGACGGCAGCUCUAUUCGUGGAGGAUUUACAGCAGGAGGCCCAGCACGCUCUGAGGGAGGUGGUCCAACCGCUCCACCCCGCGGACCGAGGCCGCUUCGCUGGCAUCCUGCUCGCGGCCUCCAUGCUCAAGACCAUCACACCCAACCUCAUCUCCGAGCUCUUCUUCCGUCCUGUCAUCGGCCAAGCAGAUCUACUGGACUUCCUGGUCGAUAUGCUCUUCAGUAGGUAGCUUACUGUAGAGCUGAUGUACAGAGACCUGAUAUAGUUUCCCGCUGUGAGGGAUAUUGAGCCCCCCAGGACUGAGUUGGAGUGCCUGCUCAUGUGGUGAAGAGUUUGACAAAUAAGUGCUCGUCGUAAGGGGAAACAAAAUACACGUGUAUUCUUUAUUCACAGUAACACUAUCGCUGAUAGGUUUUCAUGUCUGACCAAAUAGGAAAAUAUUUUUUUUCUCAAAAAUGUGACAACAGUUUGCUAUUGUUUACAUCCAACUAAUGAAUGAGCAACAUUUACUGUAUAUUAGCAACAUUUUUGGUAGAAAAUUGAGGUCACAAUGUAUAACAGACAUUUUACUGGUUAUAUCAGACAGGAUACACUCCAGUCUACAAUACACAUUCCUUAAAACCAUGGAUAUUGUGCAGAAUACUGUUUAGAUACAUUGUUUGUUUUGUGUAAUGAUUGCAUGAGUAAUGUAAAUCACUUCUGGGACUGCCCCCAGAAUAUUCUUUCUAAAUAUAUUUUUAUACAAUUA